CAACAAUAAACGUAUAAAUAGCAAUAAAAAAUGCUGGAGUUUUUUAAAAAGAGUUUCAAAGUGCAAUUAUCAUUAGUUUUUUUGGCUGUGAUUGCUGGCAUUUAUCGGACGGAAAUUGUGCUUCUGUUAAAAAAUAUAGUGGGGCAGUAUUUGCCAACAACAACAAGUGCAGCACAUGAAGGUGAAAGUGUUGCAGUUGAAUUCACUCAAUCGGAUCAACUCUUUACGCCUGCGCAGCUGGCAAAAUUCAAUGGUGAGAAUGGGGCGCCCAUUUAUUUGGCGCUCCUUGGUGCUGUCUUUGACGUGACCCGUGGCGUUAAACACUACGGUCCCGGCUGUUCAUACAAUUAUUUCGUUGGACGCGAUGCCUCCGUAUCGUUUAUAAGUGGCGAAUUCGACCACUACGACCCAACAACGGCUGACGAUGUGCUCAGCUUGAAGCCUGAGGAUUUACUGGGUCUGGACAAUUGGAAGCAGUUCUAUGUCAAGGACUAUGUCUACAAGGGUAAGGUAAUUGGACGAUUCUAUGACGAACACGGAGCCAAGACGUCCUAUCAUCACAAGUAUUUGGCGCUACUUGACCAGGCUCAGAUUGCCAAGGCUCAAGUCGAACAAUUGCGCACAAAAUAUCCGGACUGUAACAUUGAGUGGUCUGAGGAGAAGGGCACGCGCGUAUGGUGCACGCCCACAAGUGGUGGCGGUCAAGCGCGGGAUUGGACGGGCUAUCCACGCAAGCUCUACAGUCGUGGAAACAAGAAGUACCACUGUGCCUGCGUGCCCGAGGACGAGCUCCGUGACUUGGAUGCGGCGACUACAAAAGCUGCCCAUGGCGAUGCCAUGUUUAAGCCUUAUAAUAACUGCGAACCUCGGGCCCAUGAAUGCUUCUAUCGGGUUUAAAAAAAAAGUCCACUCGGGGAGCUAAUGAUGUUCUUACUAUUCAUUCCAUUAUGUGUAUGUAAUAAAUAGUUCUAAUAUCCUUAUAAUGUGCUAAA